AUGCCGCUUACGACUGCGUUGAAGACAUAUCCGAAAGCAGCAGCUUGGUCGUUAUUAGUCUCGACAACGCUAAUUAUGGAAGGGUAUGACACGGCCAUACUCGGGGCUUUUUACGCUCUACCCGUAUUCCAGAAGGAGUUUGGCUCACAAGAUGCCCAGACAGGAGAAUGGGAAAUUUUAGCGUCAUGGCAAAUUGGGUUGACUUUAUGUUACAUGGCAGGUGAGAUUGUGGGUUUACAAAUGACUGGUCCUUUAGUGGAUUGGAUGGGUAAUCGUUACACGUUGAUUAUGGCGCUGUUUCUUCUAACAUGUUUCACUUUUCUUCUUUACUUUUGCAAAAGUUUGGGCAUGAUUGCUGCGGGGCAGGCGUUGUGUGGUAUGCCAUGGGGUUGUUUUCAGUGUUUGACAGUUUCUUACGCUUCUGAGAUCUGUCCCUUGGCUCUAAGAUAUUACUUGACUACAUAUUCAAACUUGUGCUGGCUAUUCGGCCAACUUUUUGCCGCUGGUAUUAUGAAGAAUUCCCAAAACAAAUAUCCAGAUUCGGAAUUAGGAUACAAGCUGCCGUUUGCCUUACAAUGGAUCUGGCCUCUUCCCCUAGCAAUAGGGAUUUUCCUUGCACCAGAAUCUCCAUGGUGGCUUAUCAAGAAAGGAAGAUUCGAUCAAGCAAAGAGAUCACUUGAAAGAACCUUGAGCGGCUAUGGUUCUGAAAAAGAAUUGCUAGUGACUAUGGAGGUAGAUAAAAUAAAAAUGACUAUAGAAAAGGAGAAAAAGCUUACAAGCAAAGAAGGUACCUACAUGGAUUGUAUUAGAGACAGGGUUGAUCGCAGAAGAACGAGAAUUACUUGUCUCUGCUGGGCAGGCCAAGCUACUUGUGGUGCAGUUUUAAUAGGCUAUUCGACCUACUUUUACGAAAAGGCUGGUGUUGGCACUGAUACCGCCUUCACCUUUAGUAUUAUUCAAUACUGUCUCGGUAUUUGCGCGACAUUUUUGUCUUGGUGGGUUUCAAAAUACUAUGGCAGAUAUGAUCUUUACGCUUUUGGACUGGCCUUUCAGACGAUUAUUUUCUUCAUUAUUGGCGGUUUGGGAUGUGCAAAUACUCAUGGUGCGAAAAUGGGAAGUGGGUCUCUUUUGAUGGUAGUAGCGUUUUUUUAUAAUCUUGGCAUUGCCCCGGUCGUUUUUUGUUUAGUUUCCGAAAUACCAUCUUCAAGGCUAAGAACAAAAACGAUUAUUCUGGCACGUAAUACUUAUAAUGUGGUCAGUAUCGCAUGCAGCGUUCUAAUACUAUAUCAAUUGAACUCUAAAAAGUGGAACUGGGGCGCCAAGUCCGGAUUUUUCUGGGGCACGUUAUGCUUUUGUACUUUAAUAUGGGCUGUAAUUGAUUUACCGGAAACUGCGGGGAAGACCUUCGUUGAGAUAAAUGAGCUGUUCAAGCUUGGAGUUCCAGCAAGAAAAUUUUAA